GGGCUCUUCCUAAUGGUUUACUGUGCCCAUUUCAUUCCCAAGUCCAUUGGGAGAGGACCAGAGUGGCUAAUGUAGUUAGAUUUUAAAUGAAACUGAAAUGAAAGUUCACUUCCUCAUUGUGGGUACCUCAUGUGAUGAGUUCCAAUUUCUUUUUUAAAGCCAAUUCAGCUGAAGCCUCCCUACUGCCUCUGAAAUCUUAGAAGAGAGCCCACCAAUUCAAGCACUCUAACCAUGGGAGGACCUGCUGAUUCUACUGUAUUGAAAUGCCUGAUCUGGGUUCUCCUGGUGUGUUCCUCUGCAGUAGCCCAAAUGCAGAAAGAUGCUACCCUGGAUCACCACUGGCAUCUCUGGAAGAAAACCCAUGGCAAACAAUACAAGGCCAAGAAUGAAGAAGCAGUACGGCGUCUCAUCUGGGAAAAGAAUCUAAAGUUUGUGAUGCUUCACAAUCUGGAGCAUUCCAUGGGAAUUCAUUCAUAUGAUCUAGGCAUGAACCACCUAGCAGACAUGACCAGUGAAGAAGUGAUGUUUUUGAUGGGUUCCCUGAGAAUUCCCAGCCAAUGGCAGAGAAAUGUCACUUAUAAGUCAAACCCUAAUCAGAAAUUGCCAGAUUCUCUGGACUGGAGAGAGAAGGGCUGUGUUACUGAAGUGAAAUACCAGGGUUCUUGUGGUGCUUGCUGGGCUUUCAGUGCUGUGGGGGCCCUGGAAGCACAGCUGAAGCUGAAAACAGGAAAGCUAGUAUCACUCAGUGCACAGAACCUAGUAGAUUGCUCAACUGAAAAAUACAGGAAUAAAGGCUGCCAAGGGGGCUUCAUGACGCAGGCUUUCCAAUACAUCAUUGACAACAACGGCAUCGACUCGGACGCCUCCUAUCCCUACACAGCCAAGGAUGGAACGUGCCAGUAUGAUGCAAAAUAUCGUGCUGCCACGUGUUCAAAGUACACUGAACUUCCUUUUGGCAGAGAAGAUGUCCUGCAAGAAGUGGUGGCCACUAAAGGACCUGUGUCUGUUGGAAUAGAUGCGAGUCACCCUUCCUUCUUCCUCUACAAAAGUGGUGUCUACGAUGACCCAGCCUGUACACAGGUUGUAAACCAUGGUGUACUAGUGGUUGGCUAUGGUAACCUUAACGGGAAAGACUACUGGCUUGUGAAAAACAGCUGGGGCCUCUACUUUGGUGAACAAGGAUAUAUUCGAAUGGCAAGAAAUAGUAAAAAUCACUGUGGGAUUGCUAGUUAUCCCUCUUACCCAGAAAUCUAGAGGAUCUUUUCAUUUUAUAACAAGUCAAGAAAGAUGCAACACUUUCUCUUAAUUUUACCAGCUGUAUUCAGAAGAAAUGAGUGUGUCAUGAUCAAUAUAUAUAUAUUAUACUGACUCAAAAAUACUUUUUAAACUACAGAUCUCAGGGGAAACGUUUGCUAAGUAAAUUAAUAAUGUACUAUAGAUAUUGGGAACUGUUCAACCUAAAACAAUCUGCCAUUUAGCAUUGUUUGAUUUUAUACUCUUUGUCUUUUUAAGUCUACUAAUAGCCUUUUGUAACUUGAUGGCCUAAAAGUGCUUAAUAAAUCUGUCAUUUCAGACUUC